AUGCUGCUCUGAUUCCAGCGCGAUGGAAAAACAAAGUUGGUGAAAGUUUCUCGCAGAGAUGUUGCGGACGGGGAGGUGCUGAUAUAUGCACGAUUAUGCGUGAUAGUAAACACGAAAAAGAGAUUAUCUGAACUCGCUGAGGACUCAAUAGACGUACGGGAUUUGAACUUUUAAGGCUUAUUGUGAGAAUCGGACGGUGAAAAUGUCGCAUGUGAACCUCGCGCUGCUGUUAUUUCUCUGCUCGGGGUUGAAAGUGAUUCACGGAGACACGGAUCUUUCGGAACCAGAACCCUGUCUGUCUGUGUGCUCGUGCGUUGGAUCUUUAGCGGACUGUAGUCGAUUAAAACACGGCAGAAGUUUGGAGCGGCUCCCCGCGUGGAUCACCCAUCUGGAUCUGAGUCAUAACAAGUUACACACAUUUCCUGAAGCGCUGACCGCCAGUCUGUCAUACCUCCGUGAAAUAAAGCUAAAUAACAACGAGUUUGAGUCGAUACCAGAUUUGGGGCCAAAUGCAGGAAACCUGAGCAGUCUCAUUCUAGCAAACAAUAAAAUCUCGAGGAUAUCAUCAGAGCGGCUCAGUUCGUUGGUUGCCCUGGAAACACUGGACCUUAGCAACAAUAAUAUUAUGGAAGUGCACACCGGGGCUUUCCCUCCUCUACCUCUUCAAAACCUGUUCAUGAAUAAUAACCGCAUUUCCACGCUGGAGCACGGCUGUUUCGGUAAUCUGUCCAGCUCAUUAUUGGUGUUAAAACUCAACAAAAACCGUCUGAACUCCAUUCCUGCUAAAAUCUUCCAGCUCCCUCACCUGCAGCACCUGGAGCUGAGCAGGAACCGCGUGAGGCGUAUAGAGGGUUUGACGUUUCAAGGGCUGCAUGAACUCCGCUCGCUGAAGAUCCAGAGGAACGGCAUCACGCGACUGAUGGACGGAGCGUUCUGGGGUCUCAGUAACAUGGAGCUCCUGCAGUUGGAGUAUAAUAACCUGACGGAGGUGAGUAAGGGAUGGCUGUACGGUCUCCUCACGCUGCAGCAGCUGCAUCUGUCACACAACACCAUCAGUCGCAUUAAACCCGACGCAUGGGAGUUCUGCCAGAAGCUCGCUGAGCUUGAUGUGAGCUGGAAUCAUUUGACUCGUCUGGACGAGGGCAGUUUCGUUGGACUCGGUGUUCUCGAGCAGCUUCACAUCGGAAACAACCACAUCAGUUUCAUCGCAGACGGCGCGUUCAGAGGCCUGAGCAACCUUCAGACACUAGAUCUGAAGUAUAACGAAAUCUCGUGGACGAUCGAGGACAUGAACGGCCCUUUCUCGGCUCUCGGCAACCUGAGGAAACUGUUCCUGCAAGCCAAUCAGAUUCGAUCGGUCACCAGGAAGUCCUUCACAGGUCUGGAGAUGUUGGAGCAGUUGGAUUUGAGUAACAACGCCAUCAUGUCGGUGCAGGCCAACGCUUUCUCGCAGAUAAAGAAACUUACAGAGCUGCACCUGAACACGUCCAGUCUGCUGUGUGACUGCCAGCUCAAGUGGUUUUCUCCAUGGGUGGCAGAACAUGCAUUUGUUCCUCUGGUGAACGCCAGCUGCGCUCAUCCACAUCUGCUGAAGGGCAAAAGCGUCUUUGCCGUCGCUCAGGACGAGUUUGUGUGCGAUGAUUUCCCCAAACCUCAGAUCACCGUUCAGCCCGAGACACAAGCUGCCGUCAAAGGCACAAACGUGACGUUUGUGUGUUCGGCUGCGAGCUCCAGCGACUCUCCGAUGACCUUCGCCUGGAAGAAAGACAACGAGGUGUUGAACGAUGGAGAGAUUCACAAUCAGGCUCACCUGAGGUCACAGACGGGAGAGGUCAGCGAGGUCACGGAAUACACCACCACCCUGCAGCUCCGUAACGUGGAGUUCACCAGUGAGGGCAAAUACCAGUGCGUCAUCUCCAAUCACUUCGGAUCAUCCUACUCCACCAAAGCCAAACUCUCCGUCAACAUGCUGCCGUACUUUACCAAAAUGCCGAUGGAUCUGACGAUCCGCGCGGGAGCCACGGCGCGACUGGAGUGCGCCGCGAGUGGACAUCCGUCGCCGCAGAUCGCUUGGCAGAAAGACGGCGGAACGGAUUUCCCAGCGGCUCGUGAGCGACGAAUGCACGUCAUGCCGAAAGACGACGUGUUUUUCAUCAUGGACGUUAAGGCGGAGGACAUCGGCGUGUACAGCUGUACGGCUCAAAACACAGCUGGGGCGAUAUCCGCUAACGCUACGCUAACUGUGUUAGAAACUCCGUCGUUCUUGCGUCCGCUGAUGGACCGUACGGUAGCUAAAGGUGAGACAGCGGUGUUGCAGUGCAUCGCCGGCGGCAGUCCUGCUCCGCGGCUCAACUGGACUAAAGACGAUAACCCGCUCGUCGUCACAGAGCGACACUUCUUUGCCGCAGGAAACCAGCUGCUGAUCAUCGUAGAUGCCGCUGGGGGAGACGCGGGGACGUACACGUGCGAGAUGUCCAACCCGCUGGGCACAGAGCGCGGGAACGUCCGUCUGGCCAUCCUGCCCAAUCCCAACUGUGACUCCGGUUCGGCAGGGGGGGGAGCGGUGGGGUCACGCUCGGGUGAGGAGGAUGGCUGGACGACGGUGGGUAUCGUGAUCAUUGCGGUGGUGUGCUGUGUGGUGGGCACGUCUCUCGUGUGGGUCGUCAUCAUAUAUCACACACGCAGACGCAACGAAGACUGCAGCGUCACCAACACAGAUGAGACUAAUCUCCCGGCAGACAUCCCGAGCUACCUCUCAUCUCAGGGGACUCUAGCCGAGCGGCAGGAUGUUUAUAUUCCAUCAGAGAGCGGCAGCAGUCAUCAGUAUAUCGGCUCAUCCAUGGGAGGAUUUUACAUGCCGCCUAAAGACAUGAACAGUCUCUGUCAUCUGGACACAGGAAGUGAGGUGGACAUGGAGGCGGCGAUUGAUCCUCUGUUGUGUCAUUAUCAAGGGCCGGUCGGAUCUCUGCUGAGACGAGGAAACCGCUACAGUCCAGAUCUGCCGGAUAUAUACACAGGCUGUCCGUCAGAGCAGCGCUCCGUGUCCAGAGACUCCUACAGCACUUCCUCCAGGAGGAGAGAUCUGUACGCCUGCACCGGCGAGCCGUUUGAUCACAUGAUGCAACCACCUGCCACUGGACUACACCUGCAGACAGACACUUCCUGUCCUGAGGACUGUGAGCGGGGAGAGUGUGUGCUGUCCAGAGGCUCUUCCGGCUCUUAUAUGGGUACGUUUGGAAAAGCCCCGUGGAGGCCACAGCAGGAGCCGAGCUCUCAUAACAGAGUCAUUCUACAUGAGAAUCCAUACGCUGACCUCCAGACCGACUCGGACCUCGAAGACGAGCACACGGGACGCGUCAAGGCAGAACUGGAUGCUAGUGUGUAUGAACAGCCCUUCGAUAAUGGCAGGACAAUAGAGAGCUUUUUUGCGCCGCAGCUGGCGUCUUAGCAACGCCGAUCACGUGACUUUACAAUCCAAUCCGUUCCGUUCCUUCAACCCGAGAGCGACCAAAAACUCUAAACGUUCUACCUCAGAAAGGAGCUUCGCCUGAAAGUAAACGGAGACACAUGGAAUCGCAAGAGAAUGAUUGAGAGACACUUUUGUACAAAAAAAAGAAUAUGUAAAUUUUAUAUACAAAAUUAUUAUAUUUUGUGAAUUGUGUAAAUAUGAUCCAUUCAUUUUCAGACCAUUGUUCCUUAAAGGAAUAUUCCGGGUUUAUUACAAGUUAAGCUUAAUUGACGGCAUUUGUGGCAUAAAAAACGCAAAUAUUAAUGUCGACUCGUCUCUCUUUUUCUUUAAAUGUGUGUUCCAGUGAGACACUUAUAAUGCAAGUCAAUGGGGUUUAAUCUGUAAACAUUAAAAUACUGUUUCACAAGUAUAGACACAUAAACAAUAUGUGUGUUAACAUGAUUUUACUGUCAUAUAAUCACUUAUUAACCACAUCUGUGUGAAGAUAUAGACGAUUUUACAACUUCGCCGGAAACCCUAAAACAGCCCUAAAAACCUUUAAAUCGUCAAAAUAUAAAUAACCAAAGUCUGGACUAAAUAGGUAUCAUUUUAAAGCUUAUAGAAGCUUGAGAUGUGACAUUAUGACCAAAUCUGAGCAAGUGCUUUGAAAUUUGCAGACCAAUCAGAAGUGUUACGUUUUUAUCAUUUAUAAAUAAUUUCGCACUACACAAAUUAUAACGAUUAGUAAAAACAUCAAACUGAUCAAAUAUUCAUGUGUCAUAUGUUGUUGGAAAGAUCUCAAAGAGUAAAAUACAACCAGACUAUUUGUUUUAAUCACAGAUAAAAAUAUAGCGAGUAACAGCUAAAUAUAUGUCUUUAACUAUUAUGUUGGUGUUGCUUAUAUGCCGCGUUUUCCCUUAUAAUGUGACUAAAAAUUAACGGAAUAUAUAAUAUCCCAUAUCAUUAUUUAGAGUCUGUGAUUAUCUUUCAAACGAGUCCACACACAAGAUAAUCAGAUGUAUAGAUCAUUAGAUAAUCCACAUGAAGCACAAUGUUACAUAUGACCACCAGGAGAUGGCGCCAAAUACACGACACAGACUCAAUGAUGACUCAAAUGACACAGAAUGAAACUCAUUCUGUGAAAUCUCAUGACUAAAAUCAUGUCUGCAUGCUAUGCAAACCUUUAGUCAUUGUUGUGUUUGCAUGUGUAAUUAGUUCUUAUGUACAAUUAUUAUCUUUUAUUUGUUUGGAGAUGUUUUUGGACACUAUGAUGCAUUAUAUUUUAAUCGCUUUGAUUUAAACACUUAAGUGUUUCUCAGAUACAGUCGACAUGAUUGGGAACAAAACAAAAGAGUUUUUCAGAGCCACCUUAUUUAUACUCAGAGAUUUAUAAUGUCAAAUCAGAGUCGAAAUUCAUUUUUGUGCUAAUCAACAUUAUUCCACUAAUUCUGUCGAUUGACCUUAACUUGUAUUGAACCCGGAAUAUUCUUUGACGUAUAUGCCUAUUGUGUGCAGACCGAAGUCAGAUGUGACUUUUUAUGUAAAUAUGCCCGUUUUUACCACCUCACCAGUUUGCUAAUGACAGAAACAGUCUAAAAAUGAGCUAUUUUUGUGUGUAAAUUCUAAUUAAUUUGAAUUUGUUCACACAUCAUCUGCCACGGGCUUAAAAUGCCCCUUUGAACGCUGUUUCAGGUCUGUUUAUAAUGUUUAUUCCGCUUUUAGCUUUGAGUAAAGCACCUGUUUGCACAAACCAGCACACAAUAAACACUCCCGUAAGCUGCUACACAGUGAACAAGAGUGUGAGUUUUAUCUGCAAGUCUGUCACAUCUGUUUGUGUUCAUGGUAAGACCUAAAUAAAAUGCAUUCAGCUUUGGAAAGUUC